AUGGGGACUUUCCUAACCUUUGCCCUUCUGCUAGGACUGUCCUCUCCAGCCUCCAUCCCUCGGCUCCCUCAGAGAAACAGUCUUGAACAAUUAAUGGAAACUGUAGCCCAAACCUUUAAUUUGACUUACUGUUGGGUCUGUGGAGGACCCCAGCAGUUGGAGAACUGGCCCUGGGUCCCUGUUCCUGUAAGCCCGGCUCAGAUACUUAGUAAAAGGUCUGAAGUCCACCUGCGUGAACAACCUUCUACGCAUGCGCACCGUUGGUACAUUGUGCUAGGCGUGGAAGAGAGUCGGGGAGAGGCGGUAGCCAUGGAGUCUUCGUCAAGCGUUGGGGAAGACGGAGGCGGUUGUUUCAGAAAGGAAUCAGAAGGAAACCUACAACCUAGGACUGAAGACAUAAUGAGCAAAAUCAAUGAACUGCAACAAGCUAAGAAAAUUGCAAAUAAGGAACUCUGUGAUUCGCAGGCCCGCAGGCAAUCCCUGCAGAAAGAGCUAGAUGAAGUGAGCUUAGAGGAGACACGACUGAAGGAAAUCUUGAGCGAGAAGCAAGAAACUCUGAAGAUCCUUCACCUGCACUGCCAGGAGAAAGAAACUGAGGCAGUAAGACAGCAGGCAGUGUGUGAGGGAUACAAGAAGAGGAUAAGAGAACUGAAUUCCAAGAUCCAGGAAGAAAAACUGAAGAAAAGGAAUCAGAGAAUGGAGUUUGGCGAGCAACUAGAGGAAAUGAUGGAGAAGAAUAAGACCCUCUGGGAAUUCCAUAAGGCAGACAAACUGUCCCAGGAAAUCAGUAACAUCAACAACAGCAAGGAACAGCUCCUGAUGGAGGAAAGGCUAACUCAGGAGAAGCUUGAUAGUGUCCAGAAGCAGCUGGACAUGCUGACCCAGACUGAGGCCAAGACUGAAGCUACAGCUGUCACCAGUGUGGAUGCCUUCUUGUGCAGUGAGGAAGCUGCUGCAGCUGUGCAACUGUUUAAGGAAGAAAACAAGAAAGCCACAGAAUUCCUGGAGGCAGCCUGCCUACGCUAUCAUCAGCUGCAACAGAAGUACGAAAGGCUGAAGAGGGAGCUAGAAUCUGUUGACAUCAGAGCAUCCAAGGAGACACCAACAGCAGAGGCUGCUGAAGGGGAAAGUGGCAUCGUUACCAAGUCUGUCAUGGAGCUUCCUGGGACACAGAAGAAAGAUCAAGAAGUCAGGCCUGGUCCUGGCAAAGAUCCUGCCUAA